UCAUCGGCCAAGACCAGCCGAGAGGCGGAGCUUCUCGAAGCCGCGAUUCCUGGAUCGCUGUUGCUGCUCGUGAUUUACCUUUAGAUUUUUAUUUUUAUUUUUUUAUUUAUUUUUUGCACCCCGGAUAAGGCUUGGAAAAAUGGCGGGAACCGAUCUAAGCUCAACGGGGCUGGACCUAGAGAAGCUACGCAUGGCGGGCGCCGGUGUAGCGUUGGCUGUGCUCACCAGCGGCGGCGAUGCACAAGGUAUGAAUGCUGCUGUUCGAGCUGUAACACGCAUGGGAAUAUAUGUUGGAGCUAAAGUGUUCCUGAUAUAUGAGGGUUAUGAGGGACUAGUUGAAGGAGGAGAAAAUAUUAAGCAAGCAGAUUGGCUCAGUGUGUCCAAUAUUAUUCAGCUGGGAGGCACUAUCAUUGGCAGUGCCCGCUGCAAAGCUUUCACCACACGGGAAGGUCGCCUUCAAGCUGCCUACAAUCUGGUACAACAUGGCAUCACUAAUUUAUGCGUCAUUGGAGGGGAUGGCAGCCUGACUGGUGCAAAUAUCUUCCGCUCAGAGUGGGGUGGUCUUUUGGAGGAACUGGUCAGAGACGGAAAAAUCACUGAGGAAAUAUCUCAGACAUACCGUCACUUAAACAUUGUGGGCCUUGUGGGCUCCAUUGACAAUGACUUCUGUGGCACCGAUAUGACCAUUGGCACUGACUCUGCCUUGCACCGCAUCAUGGAGGUGAUCGAUGCCAUCACUACAACAGCCCAGAGUCAUCAGAGAACAUUUGUGCUGGAAGUGAUGGGAAGGCACUGUGGAUACCUAGCAUUAGUUUCAGCGCUGGCUUCUGGAGCUGACUGGCUUUUCAUUCCCGAAUCACCGCCUGAGGAUGGCUGGGAGGAUUUUAUGUGUGAACGGCUUGGUGAAACCCGAAGCAGAGGAUCCCGACUGAAUAUAAUCAUAAUUGCUGAAGGUGCCAUAGAUAGGAAUGGGAAACCCAUCACCUCUAACUACGUGAAGGAGCUGGUUGUCAAACGCCUUGGCUUUGACACUCGUGUAACUGUGCUUGGGCAUGUGCAGCGUGGUGGGACCCCAUCUGCAUUUGAUCGUGUCUUGAGCAGCAAAAUGGGUAUGGAAGCAGUAAUGGCAUUACUGGAGGCAACACCAGAUACUCCAGCCUGUGUGGUGAGUCUGUCUGGGAACCAGUCAGUGCGCCUACCUCUAAUGGAAUGUGUGCAAGUGACCAAGGAUGUUCAGAAAGCUAUGGAUGAGAAAAGGUUUGAUGAAGCUAUCCAGCUCAGAGGCAGAAGCUUUGAAAACAAUUGGAAUAUUUAUAAACUGCUUGCACACCAGAAGCCAGCUCAGAAAAAGAGCAAUUUCAGCAUUGCCAUACUGAAUGUAGGAGCCCCAGCAGCAGGCAUGAAUGCAGCAGUCCGAUCAGCUGUUCGUGUUGGGAUUUGCCAGGGUCACACAAUGUAUGUGGUGAACGAUGGGUUUGAAGGCUUAAGCAAAGGACAGGUCAAAGAGCUGUGCUGGCAUGAUGUUGCAGGCUGGUUGGGCCGUGGAGGAUCCAUGUUGGGCACCAAACGAACUCUUCCAAAGACAUGCAUGGAAAAGAUUGCUGAAAAUGUUCGGAAAUUUAACAUCCAGGCCUUGCUGGUCAUUGGAGGCUUUGAGGCAUAUGAAGGAGUGUUACAGCUGGUAGAGGCUCGUGGGCAGUAUGAUGAGCUUUGUAUCCUCAUGUGUGUGAUACCAGCUACCAUCAGUAACAACGUUCCUGGCACUGAUUUCAGCCUGGGAUCCGAUACAGCGGUCAAUGCUGCCAUGGAGAGUUGUGACCGCAUCAAACAGUCUGCUUCAGGUACCAAACGGCGUGUCUUCAUUGUGGAGACUAUGGGGGGUUAUUGUGGCUACUUGUCAACAGUGACCGGAAUUGCAGUGGGAGCAGAUGCUGCUUACAUCUAUGAAGACCCUUUCACCAUUCAUGACUUAAAGGCGAAUGUUGAACAUUUGACUGACAAAAUGAAAACGGACAUUCAGAGAGGUCUGGUACUCCGCAAUGAGAAAUGCCAUGAACAUUACACCACUGAAUUCCUGUACAACCUAUACUCCUCAGAGGGGAAAGGAAUAUUUGAUUGCAGAAUCAAUGUUUUAGGCCAUCUCCAACAGGGAGGUGCUCCAACCCCCUUUGACCGCAACUAUGGUACCAAGCUGGGUGUGAAAGCUGUUCUAUGGAUGUCAGAAAAGUUAAAGGAUGUGUACCGCAAAGGCCGAGUAUUUGCCAAUUCUGCAGAAUCUGCUUGUGUCAUUGGCUUGCGUAGGAAGACUGUGUCCUUUAGUCCUGUGACAGAGCUUAAAAAGGUCACCGAUUUUGAACACAGGCUUCCUAAGGAGCAGUGGUGGCUGAAUUUACGCCUUAUGCUGAAGAUGCUGGCCCACUAUCAGAUCAGUCUAACUGAAUAUGUGUCUGGAAAGCUGGAGCACGUCACUCGGCGUACACUCAGCAUCGAGAAGGGAUUCUAGCUAGUCUUCCCUUAGCCAUGUCUCUGAUCAAUUCUAUGUAGUUCUCUCCCUUUCUGGCCUUCUCAUGCCUUUCGAGUGCAAAGCUGAUGUCACUGUGAGCCAACAAGAGUGUGGCCAGAAGACAGCCUGCCUUUGUUGCAGAAUUACUCCAUGCCCACACAGGUUCUUACGUUCUUUCUUGCCCACUGAGGAGCAUGGAUGGGUUCACUUAUCCUUCCUCAAGCCUCUUUGUUGCCCCAUGAAGUAGAGGGUAUGUAAUGCCGGACAGAAUUUGUUCCUAUUUCACAGGGUUUUUAAAACAUUCCUACACUACUUAGAAGAAGUACUGCUUGCCAAUGGACAGUGUGCUACUUUUAGAUUCUUAUUGGCCUGGUGCCAUGAAAAAUGCAAGUUUUCAGAAAGGGCCUUCCUGUAAUUUGGAGAAAAUGGUUUCCCAAAAUGUCUUCUUGGGAAAAAUUAUCUAAAACAACCAAGAAUUCCUAUUGCCAUCACUAUUGACACACAGCGAAAUCCUUCUUGGCAGAAGAAACUUGUUUACAAUAGAGCAGCAAACAUUGGGAGACGUCUUCUUUCUUCCUAUCCUUCCCUCACUUCAGGUAGUUCAUGCCGACUAGGAAAGAGUAGUAUUUCUGAGUGCUCAGUGGGAGUUGCUGGUAUGCCAUCACUUUCCUUAGCAUCCCUUCAUUCUAUCUGGCUCAUGUGUUUAAUUCACUAUCUCUGGCUGGUCUGUGAUGGCGGCACAGCUCUUGACUGUGUUGCGUCUGUACCUUUCUGAUGCAUUUCUGUGAAUCCAGUGCACUAUAUUGCCUGUUUGUCCAUGGCAUUGCUUUCUGUCCUGUAGAGAUAAUUAAAACACGCACUGAAUCAACUGUG